GGAUUAAAUAUAACUGUCGAUCAAACAUCUAUUACAAAUUAUUAUUAUUUUCAGUUUGGAAUUUAAUUGUGAGAAAUACCUGUAAAUUAAUUAAUAUAUGUUACAAUCUUAUUUUUGAAUCCCGUCAGGUUCAUUAUCUUAAAAAAAAAAAGUGAUCCGGAAUUUAAAGAAUAAGCGAAAGAAAGAGAAAAAUAAUAUUAAUUAAAAAGAGCACACAACUCAUUGAACGGUAAGGGGUAGUAGACAAAUUAAUAGUAAUAAUAGUAAUAGGGCCUUGUAAUACUUAUUUACAAUACGAACAAGGGUAUAAUUAAUAUCCUAUUUGUCAUAGUUUAAUUUAGGCACGAACAUCGUACACCGAGGCCGAGGCGGUGUUCUCUUCUUCACUAGUGACACUACUGACUACUACUACUACUAUUACUACUACGACUACUACUACUACACUACUACUAAGUACUAUUAAUUACUAGUAAUUACCAGGCUAGUACUAAGGCAAGGACUUAGUAGUCUAGUACUAGGAUAAGAGUUCGAGUGAUGAUAGAUAGUAGUAGUAGUGAAGAUAGAAUUGGGUGAUGGUGCCGUAUAAUAAAAAAAGUGCCAUGCCAUACAUUAGGCUAAUUUAAUUUAGGUUUUUAGGCUAAUUUGGAGAGAUAGCACCAUGGCGUCAUUUGCGUGUUGUGUCCGUGGUUCCGAUAGGGCAUAGGGUCAAAACCCUGGUUCCGAUAGGGUCAAAACCAAGGUUGGGGAUAAGGGCAAAUGUGAAGAGAUAGCACCCUGGUUCCGAUAGGGUCAAAACCCUGGUUCCGAUAGGGUCAAACCCUGAUUCCGAUAGAUUCAAAUUCAAAGUAAAGAGAUUUUCAAAAUCAAGUAUUUGAUUUUGAUACCCUUGGCCUUACCGAUACAACAUCGAUGUGCGCUUGAUAAUUAAUUGCAAUUCAAUAUUUAGUAUUGGCAGCAUUACAUAAAUGUCUAAGUCUAUCAUGAAUUAAUGUAAAACUCAACAGUCAACAGUCCUGCACAAUCAGGGGUUGAGUCCAGGGAAAAUGCCAAGACCUGUUAGAACGAUUUUACGAGACCCGGUUAAAAAAGUAAAUUCUGGUGGUUUUUACUAUUUAAAAAAAAGUAAUAAUUAAAUACAACAAAGUUUUGGGUUGUUAGUUUUAGCUCCUUUUUACACCUGGUGAUUCAUAAUUAUAUUACAAAUGCACUGAGAGGGGAAAGGGAGUUGUGUUGACUUGGUAGCGUACAGGUGUGCAUGGGAGGGAUAUAGGAAGAUGUCAAAUAUUUUUAAAAGGCUAUAAAAUUGGCUCUAUAAUAGUCUAUAACAGAAAUACACAAAACAUGUUAUUUGUCAAUAGCAAAAAAUAAAUAUUUACACAAAUUAGUUCAAAAGACCCUUCUUAAACAAAAAUUGACUACUUUUGUUGUCAUCAUUGACCUUGUACUUAAUCUUCUUGAUGAAGAUUUAGUUUGCUUUUAAUUAUAUAAUUUAAUAGUAUUUUUAACAUUUGUUAUCGUUUUUAAAAAUAACUUGAAAUAUGUUAUAUUUUAUGACAUUUGUGUAAUCUUGAGUUAAUAGAUAAAAAUGUAUUAGAAUAAACUCACAUUUUUCAGAAUGAAUUUGUCAGCAGAUGCAAAGUAAUUUUAAUCUUUAACUUAUAAAUAUUCCAAGCUUAUGAUCUACCUGUAAAAUGUCACUCUAUGAUGACUUAGACAUAAAGGAAGAUGCUGGGAGUGCAAAAAUCACAAAGUCCUCCGUUGUGUGUAAGUUUGAAUAAAUUUUCUCUAUUAAUAUUUUAUGGAUUUUUUAAUAGUUUUUAUAGUUUAUAAAAAAUAAUGCAUUUUAUUUAGUUGUUAACAUUUUGCAGAUUCAAUACAUCACCACUUGGCGCAGAAUAUUUCUUUCUCUAAGGGUGUCUUUUAUUAAAAAAAGCUGACUCCCUAAUAAAGAUGUAUUACUUCUACUUUAUCCUGCAAAGAUAACUCAAUUUAUGAUUCAAAUUUGGUACUACUUGGGUUUUAUUUGAAUGUUUAAAAUAAUACAUUGCUUUACAUGAGAACUUUUUUUAUUUUGUGCUGUGUAAUUAUUAUUCAUAAUCUUGUUGCUUAAGCAUUUUAUGAUUAUAACUUUUUUUUAUUAGUGGGAUAUCAAAAUAUCAUUAAACUUUGCAACUGUACAAAUAUCAGUAAGGUUCUAAAAAUUGUAUACAAAAUUAUAUAUGUGGUUCAAAUGUGUAAAGCAGGGGUUCUCAAAGUGGGGUGGUACUUGGUGAUACUGCGCAUAAGUUUGACUACUUAUAAAUUAAAGAAAAUGUCACUGUCAAACACAGGUUGUUACUAAAAGGUACCUAAUAUCUUGACUUUUUAUUUUUUCAUCCAUCGCCAACAUCUGGUGGAAAUAAACUGAAUUAGCUUUCACAAUCCGAGAGUGUAGAUUGUUUUAAGAAGCUAUUUGAAGCUGUGGAAUAUUUUAAUAAAGACAAAUGCUUCUCUCAGUGCUGAUCCCUAAGUCAUCAGUCACAACUAAGUUAUUGCCAGAAAUAUUUGAAGAUUUCAUUGAAAUCAAUUUACAUUGGCUGCAAGCUUAUGCCAUUCUGAAUAAACUCUACUUUCUUUUUUAAAUUUACUCUGCUCUGUUCAUUAGGGAUAUUUGCCAAUAUUUAAGCCCGUCUGACCUAGAAGAGAAAAUAAAAGAGGAAGAGGGCUACAACAUGGUAAAGUACGUGGCGUCACGAGGUAACUCAGUUCAGUAAACUCUGGGUGCCACCUUCCUCCUUUUCAGCCUGCCAAAUUGACCUCACUAAGACUAGUUGCUCUGGGGACACCCUCUUCUGGUGGCAACAUUUUCUGUUUCCAACCUGAUCUGAUGCAACCUUCUCCCGCGGCAAUCUACUCUGAUGGCAAUAUGCUUUGUCUCGUGACACCCUCUUCUGGUGGCAACAUUUUCUAUUUCCAACCUGAUCUAAAACAACUACUUUGAUUGGUACCCUGCUCUUUCUCUUCUGGGGUGAACCUGGUAUAGCUGUAGCCUGAUCUUGUGAUAUCCUUAUCUGGUGCCUGCUGCUCAUGUAUUUAACUGCGUUCUGUUUUAAAAUGGACUUAAGCGGUUAUGGUCCAAUUUGCAAUUUUCCUGUGAGGGUGUCAUCCGUUGCGAUCCGAACCCCCAGUGAUGCCAGCUGCUGAAAAUAUAUUGUGACCAUUUUAAUAUAGUACAUGACAUUGUGUAUGAACGAUUUUAUGGUCUUCUUUAACCUGAAAUUUAAGAUUGGAUAAUAAAUCUAUUUUGAUGAUUGACUAAUUCAAAGUUGAAGCCAUAGCUCAGAAAAAAUCCUGCUUAAAGUUUCAGCUUCAGAAGACAAUAUCAUAUCAUUAUUAUAUACAUUGGAAAGUAUAAUCCACAUAUUUGAAAGUUUAUUUAAGUGUGAUUAAAUAUAACACUAUUACAUUUGCAUCCUUAAAGAGUUGGGCUAAAUACUUUCCUGAAUAUCUUUUUGGGAAAACACAGGGGUGUGCUGGGGCUGUGUUAAUGGUGCCAGGGGGCAGUAGCCAAAACUUUUUUGAGAAUUACCUGUGUAAAGUGUCAGACAAGAGUUCUGCUUGUAAACUUCCAUUGCUUGUAGGCUAUUUAAAUAAUUUCCUUGUUAAAAUUUUUUUCAGCUGGUUGGUCACCUGGCUACAAGCUACUGGCAUCAACACUACAGGCCAAAAAGGCAUCAACAUUGCAGCAAAAGGUACAUGUACUAGCAUUCCUAAACAUUCAAAAUAUCAUUAAAUUUGUUAAAACAAUUAUGCAGGAAUAGUAGCAGUGUAAUAUAGUACAUUAUCAUUGAAAGUGGAAAAGGGGUUGGGGAGGGGGACAGUGGUCACCAGGCACUUGAAGUAUUUUGCAACAUUGAGGGAUGAGACUUAUGAAUGUUAUUAGAUUUUGUUCAGGAGCUCGCAGUCUAAAAACCUUGUAAGCAGUGUUUCUGUCAGACAGUUAGCUCAGGGGUGUUGGGGGGGGGGGGGGGGGGGGGGGGGAUCUGUUAGCUCAGGGGUGUUGGGGGGGGGGGGAGGGGGGUCGAAUCAGAUAUUCAGGUGGGUAGAGCCAUUGGCCUUCUAUUAAUUUUAUGGAGGGGAAGAAUUUUUGGCCUUCUGCAUAGUUUUUAUCAUUAAAGGGGGCACAAAAGUCUUGCCCAGGGUGGCACUUUACCCUAGCUACGCCACUAGGCGACCAGGAUCACCUAUAACUCCACUCCUUUGGCCCAACAUAACCUAAAUUAAUAUUAGUUGAUGGCUUGCUUUAGGUCCCGGCUAAGUUUUACCCUUGAAUCUGUAUAGCCAAAAUAUAUAUAUAAAAUUAAAGGAAAAUAAUAUAUUUUUCAGUUAAGAAAAUCAUCAUGCUUACUAACGUCUAGUGAUGUUUAUUUUAAGAAAAGGCCAACACUGUCAUUUUGAGUAGGUUAGGUGGGCAGAAAGUGAGGGCAGCGAUGGCUACGGAGCAAAAAUCAAGGGGUGCUAUCUGGGUACACCUGAUUGUCACAUACUGUUAUGGUUUUGACGAUUUCAUAUGUUUUAAGAUUUGACUUGUAGAACAAACAAUGUGUAACAAAGGACUGAGAAAAGCAGUAUGCAAAAAAAGCGUUAUAAAAACUAGGGAUACUAACAAUAUUCAAUUAAAUUAUAUUAUUAAAUUUCUACAAAAAUACAAAUUCAAAUACAGAAGCAAAAAGCUAUAUCAACUUACAAUACUGGAAACCAGGUGGCCUAUAUUUAGGGAUUAAAUCAGAACCAUCUAAUAAAGAAAUUCUAGAAAUUGCACCGCCUAAUAGUAUUCUUUAGAGCAAAUAGAAUGCAUUGGAACGUAAACAACCUUUCCCAAUCAAGGGCUGGGUAGGUAAUGAAUGACACAGCACAUGUACUGGGUGGCCGAGUGGUCUAAACUGAGCAAUUCUCAAGUUGAUUGUCUGGAGUUCAAUACCAGCCAAGCCCAGUUAAGCAAUAACUUCACCAGCACUCCAGGUAGAUGGGACUCGUUAACCUUGGAUGGCAACCCAUUUAAGAGAAUGAAACUCUGAAAUCAAACCCGUAGGUGGGAAAACAUCCCGUCAACUGCGACGCCACUGGUGCCAAGCUCUAUCAUCCAAAUGAUCAUUUGAUGUUCCCUUGGGUUAUCCAGCUAGUAGGAAAGGUCAUGAUAAAUGAAUUACUAUGCAAUAGAUGUGUCACAAUGGACAGGUAGCUGGUGUCACUUAAAAUUUCAGAAGGGACUAAGGAUAUAAGUUUGAUGGAUAUACUAACAUGUGCCCAAAUGGUGGAAAGAGUCGCACAUAUUUUGGAAGAGACCAACCGGAAUUAAAGUUGGAUAUGAGAUGUGAUAUAAAGCAAUUAAAGAUACAUGUUUUUAUAUUGUCAAGUAAUAUUUUAUUUUUCUACAGAGAACAAGAACAAGUCAUUUAGCACCUGUUGUGGACCUAAAAAAACAUGUUGAUCCCGAUGCACCAAUGCAGUUUAAUAUGCAGACAGGAAAGGUAAAAAUUUCCAAAAUUACUUCGAGUCUCUUGUAUAUUAAGAAUUCCUGAAAAGUGUUGUAACUGGAACAUUUUGAUCAUAGUCUCCAAAUGGCUCUUUCUGGAGGGUUUAAGUUUAAGGCAUAAACUUCCUCUGUUUAAAUUACUAAAAAUGUUUCCUGAUAAUUAAAUCCCUUUGUUACCACAGGUUUUUACUUUUUUAGUGCUGUUUGGUCAGGACAGUUGACAUUUUUAUUGUCAUGUUUUUUUUUAGCACAACUGUCUCAAGUUUAUUUAAACUAUAAGAAUGCGAAUUUUCAUAAAUUGUCAUGGUGCAUGAACAAAGUUUUAUAAAUAACAUAAGGUUUAACAUUGAAAAAAAAAUGUUUCCAGAUUGAGUUAGAUUAUAGUUUAAAAGCUACAGGAAGGAUUGAAAAUCGUAAAGAAAUUUUGACUGUUUUAUAACCAAUUAGUAGUUUAUGCUGCACUUUCUCUCUUUAGUUGCAGAUGUAACCUAGUUUAGCUGGCAUUUCUUAAGCUUUUAGUUUUAUUUAUGAAUUAUUUAAAUUUUUAAAAGUUGAGAUCUUUGGUUCUAAGAUUUUCACAUUAAUAAUUUUUUUUGUGGUGUCAUUAGUGGUUGUUUUAUGAUGAGAAUUGUGUUGAAAAUGCAACAUAAUGUUAAUAAUCAUCAUCUAUUCUUCAUAACUAAAGCUAUAACCAUUUACUGUUUAACUCACUUGGCUCUGUGUUUUAUCCAUCAGCUGGAGAGAGUCAGCCUGCCACCCAUUCAGCCUCAGGCCUCGAUUGCUGUUGCACCUAUCACCCCCUCGUCAACCUCACCAUUUAUUCCCAUGGAGCCCACUCCUUCCAUCACAGGAGUGGCUGAUGAAUACGACCCUUUCAGACCAAAUGAAUAUGAUGAGGUUGUCAAGAAAAUAAAGGAUGAUAAAGAAAAAGAAAGGGAUAAGGACCGUAGAAGAGAUGAUAGGCGUGACAGGCAGGAGAGAGACAGAAGGGAAGAAAGGGACAGAGAAAGGGAUAGGGACAGAGAUAGAGAGAGGUAAAGCAAACAAUUAUUUCAAAAUUUGUGUCAAGAAAAGUCUAAGGUUUGCUUGCCCCAACUCAAAAUGUUACGUUUCAUACAUUUUUUUAUAUUGUUAACAGACUACACAUUCUUUCUUGAUGAGAGUAAGACUCACUUAAAAGAUAGUUAACCAUGCUUCUAACAUUGUAAAUGUAAAUAUGAAAUCAAAUUAAUAGAUACAUUUUUAAAAUUGACUUCAUCUUGGUAGGAGGCGACAAGAACGGCGUAUAGAAGAGGAUGAUGACACAGAAUUUGAAAGAAUGAGAAAGAGAAGAGCCGCAGAAGAUGAGGAGGAAGAGAUAGAUCGUACAAAGAGUAAGCACUAUGUAUAUAUGAGUUGUGUCCAUUAGGCAAGUACAGAAAAUCAAAUUUGCCAAGUACUGAUUAAUCUGCUUUGCUUCAGUGGCCUCCGAUUAUUUAAUAUGUAAAUAAUUCUUCAAUAUUAGCUUUUGGUAAACAGGAGGAUCAUGUGAUGGUUGUCUCGUUUGAGUAAAAAAUGGCAAUAGCAAUCAAUUGCAAAAAUGGCUGAAAAAUCUGUGCCACUCUGGCUUCCACCUCUAUGGAAAUAUAUCCUGGCAUACAUUAAAAUGUUUCUUAUUAACUAUUUAAGCACUGAGAAAUAACUAAAAUAAAUAUCCCCCCCCCCCCAAUUUAUUAAAAAAAAAAAAAAAAAAAAACCCCCCCCCCCCCCCCAUUUAUUAAACAAAACACAUUCAUUAGAAAUGAAAUGUAAGUGGACCUCACCUUAAAUUGGUCGACUAUGUAUACAUUUUAAGUAUUUCAAAUGUAUUUGAUGUAUAAUUUUAUAUUUUUCAGGGGCAGGUGCCGCUAUUGCACCCCCAACUGCUCUUUUGGAGGAACCACCAGUCAACCCAGAUGGUGAGUACUUUUGGUUUAAUUGAAAAAUUGGAUAUACCUGUCCUCCUCAUCCUCAUGUCCCUUAGUCCUUGGACCAUUGGGGUGCCACAGAUGACAUGUGAACCAUCCUCCUCCAUUCCUCUCUGUCUUCAGCAAUACGCACUGCAUCGCCUAGUGUUAGUCCUGUCCACUCUUUGAUGUUAUCCUCCCAUCUUUUUCUUUGUCUUCCUCUUCUUCUCCCUCCUCUUGUAGUGCCCUGCAAUAUUUCUUUGGCAAGCCCUUGUUUCCUUGUUACAUGGCCGCACCAUUGUAGUUUGCGUUUUUUCACAUUCACCAGUAGGUCAUCGUACUCCCUAAUUGCCUGACAACCCUUUCUUUCACUGUAUCAUCGGAGAUAUGGUCCCUAUAGCAGCUGCCAAAAAUGCUUCUGAAGCAUCUCAUCUCCACCACCUUUAUUUUCCUUUCAAGAUCGGCUGUUAAUGUCCAGGAUUCGCAGGCAUACAGGAAAAUGGAGAGGACUAAUGAGCACAUCAGCCUGAUUUUGGUGCUGGGGGCUAUAUUUUUGUCAUUCCAUAUUUUCUUGAGCUUCUGUGGGAUCCCUUAAAUGUUGAGUUUUCAAUGGCUUUUUAAAUAACAGAAAAAUGAACAUAUUUUUUUUGUGUUAGGUAUUGAAAAUGUGUUAAGAAUUUUAAAAUUCAUUUUUAACAUUUGUGUUUUCAGUUUUAGGUGAACGUCCCAAAUCCCCAACCAUGGGUAUGGCAAUGAUGUAAGUCUCAAAGAUAAAUAUAAGGUUUUGCUGAAAUUUGUAAAAAAAAAUCUUUUUACGUUUAAAUUUUAAACUUACUCUUACAUCUUUGCAGUAAAAAGUUUAUUAGCUUCGUUAACAUUUACAAAAAAUACUUUUUUGUGAAAAUUUUUUGUAAGUUUAAAGACUACAUUCUGGGAUUAUUGAAAUUUGUUAAAUGUGCACCCCAGGGGUUCUGUGGCAUCUAAAAUUAUGGCCAAGUAUGGCUACAAAGAAGGUCAAGGUCUAGGCAAGUCGGAGCAAGGGAUGAGCACUGCAUUGUAUGUAGAGAAAACAAGCAAGAGAGGUGGAAAAAUUAUUCACGAAAAGGAUAUUCCUAAAGGUAAUAAACAGAAAUUAAUGUGCUUUUUCUCAACCCCUAAAAUAUGCUUGAUUCUAAUGUUUCAACUUUUCUUGUAUAUCUGUAUAAUCUGUUUUAUUAGAUGAGGGCAGAACAAAAAAUAUUUUGGGUUCCUUUGAAGUUUAGUAGCCAGAUUUUCAAUCUGCAAUACCAUUAGGCCACACAGUUUUUACAUUUAUGGGUGUUAGGUGGGGAGCAAAUAUGACCUAAGCGAAAUAUAUGUUUUAUAGAUAAUCUUAUCUAUCAAAAUAGUGAAAGUCAGCUAGUCAUUCAAUUUCAUCGGGAAAUUUUUUUUUGAUUGAAUGUAAUACAUUGUAAAUUUUCUUUUGCUCUUCCACAAUUUAGGGUUAAGUUGCUUAACUUUUUUAUGAAAGCAUGUUAUGAUCAUGCUUAUAAAUUAUAGUUUCCUUUCUUUCACAGAGCCUCCACCUUCAAACACUAAUUUGCUGAAAAAUCCAUCAAAAGUUAUUUUACUCCAGGUAAAUUUAAAAUUAAAAUAACACAAGGGCUGAAUUGAAUUUCUGUUUAAAAAGGGCAGACAUUUGCAGUUUUAACCACUCUUCCUCUUAUCAUCAUUACCACCAUUCUGAGGACCUAGGAUGUCAUAAACAUAUUUUAGAAUAAAUCAUUUAAGAAAAUGCAAAUAUAUUUCAAAAGGACUAGAAAAGACUAUUCACAAAAUUUAAAUUUACCUUUGCAGAACAUGGUAGGGCCUGGUGAAGUUGAUGAAGAAUUAGAACCAGAGACAGCAGAAGAGUGUACCAAAUAUGGCAAAGUCAACAAAUGUGUUAUCUUUGAGGUUUGCAAUAUAUAUAUUUUUGUUUUUUAUUAAAAUUUUUUAUAAAAAUGUGUUAAAUGCAAUAGUUGUUGGUAUUUUUGGGGGGCACUUGAUUACAAGUGAAAAUAGUUUCUCUUCACAAUUUUUGUAAAAACUUGUUUGCAUUCAUUCAUUCAUUAAAGUCUAAUAUUACCCUGAGCAUGCAAUUUAAUCUCAUUUUAAUGUAAAUUUUUGUUCCCUCAGAUACCUGAAGCUUGUGAUGAAGAAUGUGUUAGGAUAUUUAUUGAGUUUGAAAGAAUGGAAUCAGCCAUCAAAGGUAGUUUUGCAUUUUUAAAUCAAAUUAAUUUGAUAUGUGUGCAAAUCUAUUUGAAAAUUUUAUAUUAAAAUAUAAUGCUCUGUCAAUAGGAAAGUAACACUAAAUCAGAAUAAAACUACUUAAGAUAAUAUAUGUGUGUUCUUUUGUUUCUAUGCAGCACUGGUUGAUUUAAAUGGCAGAUUUUUUGGAGGCCGAGUUGUCAAAGCCUGCUUUUACAAUUUGGACAAAUUCAGACGAAUGGACUAUAGUGGAAUUGUUGAUUAAAUUUAAUUGAUGUAUUUGCUUUUUGUUGGAAGUAUUUUUUUAGACUUUGUAAAUAGAUGUCAAUAUAAAAAUCACAAUCUUAUAACACUUGUUUUUGUGAUUGGUUUUGUGGAAAUGUAUGCAGAC